CCGGAGCCGGGGACACGCCGCCCGCGAUGUACCAGCAGCCAAUGAACGGGCAGCACGCGCCGCAGCCGCAGGCCUCCGGGCCCCCGCCUCCUGCCCCGCAGCAGCAGGCGCCCCCGCCGCAGCAGUACUACCAGGCGCCGCCGCCGCAGUACUACCAGCAGGGCCCGCCGCCGGCCAUGUGGGGCCACCCGCAGCAGCACAUGCCUCCGCAGUACGCGGCCCCGCCCCCGCAGCAGUACGCGCCCCCGCCCCCUCACCAGUACGCGCAGCCGCCACCGCAGCAGUACGCGCAGCAGCCGCCGCCGCACUACGGCGCGCAGGUGGCCGGCGGGCCCGCGCCCGGAAGCGAGGAUGUCAAGACUCUGUGGAUCGGGGAUCUCCAGUACUGGAUGGACGAGAACUACCUCUACAGCGCCUUUGCGCCCGUCGGGCCGCAGCAGGUCACCAACGUGAAAAUCAUCCGCAGCAAAUCAACUGGGCAGCCUGAAGGUUAUGGUUUUGUUGAAUUUCUCUCUCGAGCUGCUGCAGAAUAUGCUCUCAGCUUUAAUGGACAGAUGAUGCCUUCUGUUGAGCAAGCUUUUAAGCUAAACUGGGCUUCUUCUAGCUCUGGUGACAAGCGUGGUGAUGAUGGCUCUGAUCACACCAUAUUUGUUGGUGAUUUGGCUGCUGAUGUUACUGACGCCAUGCUGGAAGAGAUAUUCAAAGCCUCCUACCCUUCAGUUAAAGGUGCUAAUGUUGUUACUGACAGGGCCACUGGUCGCUCCAAAGGAUAUGGUUUUGUUCGUUUUGGAGAUGCAACUGAGCAGGCACGUGCUAUGACUGAAAUGAAUGGAGCACAGUUGUCUACGAGACAUAUGAGGAUAGGGCCUGCAGCUAACAAGAAGAAUAUGGGUACUCAGCAGACAUACUCGUCUAAUGCAGGGUACCAGAGCUCACAAGGAAAUGAGGCGUCGAAUGAUCCCAACAAUACUACAAUCUUUGUGGGCGGGUUAGAUUCCAAUAUAGAUGAGAACUAUCUAAAGCAAGUUUUUACUCCAUAUGGCGAAGUGAACCAUGUAAAGAUUCCUGUAGGCAAGCGUUGUGGAUUUGUCCAAUUUACCAGCAGGUCAUGCGCCGAGGGAGCCAUCAAUGCGCUGAAUGGGACUCUGAUUGGAAGUUCCAACGUUCGUCUUUCAUGGGGCCGUAGCACCAAACAGCCUCCCCAGCAGGAUGCAAGCCAGGGUAAUGUCAACAGCUACUAUGGAUAUCAGCAGGGUCAUGAUGCUUACUAUGGUGCAUCCAAUGUGCAAGAUCCUAGCAUGCAAACCUAUGGAUAUGCUGGUUAUGGCAGCUACGAGCAGCAACAGCAGCAGCAGCCAUCUCAACCACAGCAGCAGCCUCCGCAGCAGCAACCUCCACAGUAGCAGCAGCUUUCCUACAGCAGUCACCAUUUGAGGCGAUGGAGCGCAAUCAGAUUUGCAUGAACAGGAUAGCACUGGGUCAUGAGUUAUGGUAUAGGGGUCCUUGUUUGUAUGAUGGGUAGUAUCUAGUGCUUUGACUGUAGCCCUAGUUUUAUUCAGUGUCUCUUGCUGUUUUAAAUUAUCGAACUCUGUCAUGACUUGAGUUGUUGAUGGUAAUGUUAUCUUUGGAUCAU